GCGCAGUGGCGGGGCGAAAAGAGAAGAAGAGGAAGAAGAAGAAAUGGCGUCAGAAAUCCAAAUCGUGAUAAAUAGUGAGAAUUUAGCAAAAAUAGAGAACUUCUUCAAUGAUUCGGCAUACAAGGAGGUGCUGGAGAACAGUGAGAACUACAAUACGCGUCUGUGCAUCGAGAGGCGGCUGCGGAUGCCGUUCCUGGACCCCCAAACGGGCGUCGCACAGAACCACUGUGCUUUGUUUAUGAAGAGCAGACAACGGAUGCCAGGGCUCUCGUCUGGCCAGCUGUACAGCUACCCAGCGGCACGGUGGCGCAAAUCACGUCGGCAGUACUUGAUACAGCGCCCCUUUCGUAUGCUCCGUGAGACAGAGCUCGAAAGCGACUUCCAUCACGCCGUGCAAGACGGCGCCUCGUCAUUGGGCGCCGGCGACACGGACAGCAAAGACAGCCAAAACGUGAAGGAUGAGGUGCCGAAGGAGUGGUUCUACGACAUGGAUCUGCACGAUGUGGAUGGGUUUGAUGAUCCAGAUUCAGAUUUUGACUACGAAGAGCCCUACAGCAUUAGACGGUCGAAACAACGACGGAAGGGCGGUGAGCGCCGUGGCAAGGCAACCGCGAGCAGUGUGUCGGAUGUUAUGGUGAAGAAACCCGGCGCUCGUGGGCGUGGGCGACAGAAGAAGAGUCUCAUGGAUACAUCACUGGACACAUCGGCAUCCUCAGCUGUGGGGAGUGCAAAGAAGCCACGAUUGGGGCACGAUGAGCCCCAUUGCUCCAGUCCGUCGUCGAGUAGCUUCCCAAUGCCACCGGAAUGCCGACCGGCACCCCUUCCGACGACUGUGCCGCCCUUCGAUGUACCCCCAUCGGAGCCCGAGGAGCGUAGUCAUCCACCACGUGGACUCGCGGACAAGGGGAAAGUCGCCCCAUCGCCGUAUUGCGACUUCUGCCUUGGCGAUGCGCGUGAGAAUAAGAAAACAGGCGUGCCGGAGGAGCUUGUGUCGUGCAGUGACUGUGGCCGCAGUGGUCACCCCACGUGCCUCCAGUUCACGGCAAAUAUGAUGAUCUCGGUGAAGCGCUACCGGUGGCAGUGCAUUGAGUGCAAGUAUUGCUCCAUCUGCGGCACCUCCGACAACGACGAUCAGCUCCUCUUCUGUGAUGAUUGCGACAGAGGCUACCACAUGUACUGCCUCUCGCCCGCACUCACAGCCCCGCCCGAGGGUUCGUGGAGUUGCAAGCUCUGCAUUGAGGAAUUCCACACGCCCAAGCCACCAAAACAUCCAGCAUUUGGUCCUAUUGCCACCACCUCAGGCACGCAUUAAAGUGACGCGCCCGCCGCCGGAGGACUUCCAUGAGAAUCAUCAUUUUUUUUGUAAUUUCCGCACGCAGCUACUUUCACGAGAAGAUGAAAAGAAACCGAAGAGAUUUCUUUUACAAACCCAGCCCGCCCCAGCUCUCCUGCGCAAAAAAAAACUACAUGCUCUAGAGAUUAAAAAAAAACUAUCGAAUGUAUUACGAAGGAUUUAGAAGAGAGAGAGAGAGAGAGAGAGAAAAUAUUAAUAAUAGUGUGAGGAUGAGACGUAAAAAGAAGUGAGGAUGAGGAGGAGAUGAAACGCCAGGGAUAUAAUGUUUAAUAAUAAUAAGGAUAAACAAUCAAGAAAAUAAAA